CAUAAACUAUGUUAGUGAAUCUGAACAAAUGUUUAGUGCACUUCCCUCCCCAGUGACUCACUUCUUACUGUACACAUUUAAUCCCUGCAGAUCCACCUGACAGCUCCCCCGUCUGCUCCGUGCAGCCGGCUCUGAAUCACACCUCACUGAAGCUGCUCUGCGUCUGGCCCGGUGGAUUCCCCUCCCCGUCCCUUCACUGGACUGGAGACCUGAUCCCUGCAGGACAACAAAUAAAUCCAAUGGGUGCACACGUUUUGCUGCCCUCUGGAGGUUUAACUGCUAACAGUAGCUUGUUCACCUGUCAUGGCUCCCAUCCUGCUCUAAAGCAGCAGAUGAAUUGCAGCACAGUCACAUAUGCCCCCUUUGCAGAGCCUGUGUGUUUCGCCAAUGUGACGGAUGACAAACAGUUUCUGGUGCUGUCCUGCUCCUGGGGUGGAGGGUUCCCGACAGCGUUGCUGUGGUGGAAAGGUCCAGGUGGUCAGGGCAAAGACGGAGAAGAGAGCUCCAGCGUUCUGAUUGUUCGUUACAGCGCCUUUCAGUUUGGGAAGGCCUACGUAUGCGCUGCUAAACACCCGCUUGUGACUCAAACAAAAACCUGUGGACUUACACUGGUCCCUGUUAGUAAACCAUCUGUCCUGGUAAGAGACACACUCCCAGUGGAAGGAGCGACGGUAAAGAUGCAGUGCAACGUGGAAAAUGGGACUGAGCCCAUCCAGUAUGUGUGGCAGCGUGAAAUUGAAAGAGGCAGCAUCACAACAUUUGCUCAGGGCAGCAACAGCAGCAUUAUCACCAUGAGCAACGUCAACCGGAGCCACAGUGGCCGGUACCGCUGUGUAGGCAGCAACUUCCUCAACACUGAAAACUCUGACUGGGUGUUUUUGGACAUUAUCUUUGGCCCAGAUGUUCCUCAGAUUGACGUGACUUCAUACAGUAUAACAGAUCGAGGAUUCUCAGCUCUGGAAACUGAGCCGGUUUCUUUGUCAUGUCAAGCCCAGUCCAAUCCAGCCAGUCAGUACAUCUGGUUCUACAACAACUCCCAGGUGUUCACCGGCCCACAGUACACCAUUGCCAAGAUCCUCCGUGUGCAAACUGGUGACUACACCUGCUUGGCACAAAACUCACACCUAAACACGCGCUCCAGGAAAACCGUCAGCCUCGUUGUCUACUGUGAGUGUGACCUCUACCCUCCAGCUGGCUCCCCCUCCUGUUCUAUGGAAGCGGCUCAGAAUCAUACGUCUCUUAGUCUUCUCUGCUCAUGGUCUGGUGGACUCCCUUCCCCAUCCCUUCGCUGGACUGGUGAUGUAAUAAAAGCGGAACAGGAGGAAACAGAACUGCAAACGAAUCUGCAAAACAGUGCUGCCAUCUUGCUGCCAUCUGAAGGCAGGAUUCCUAACAACAGCUUGUUCACUUGCAUUGGUGCUCAUCCUGCCAGAAAACAGCAAGCAGAAUGCAGCAUGCAUACAUACAUUCCUCCUGCAGAACCGGUGUGUUUUGCCUACGUCACAAACACUCAGCAAUACCUGAUGCUGUCCUGCUCCUGGGAUGGAGGGGCCCCAAAGGCCCUAGUGUGGUGGGAGGGACCAGGGGGCCAAAGCAAAGGAGGACAAGAAAACUCCAACAUCCUGGUCCUGCGUUAUGGGACGGCCCGAAGUGGGAAACCGUACACCUGCUACGCUAAACACCCACUUCUGGUGGAAGCAAAGAGUUGUAGGCUCACACUGGAGGCCCCGGUGUUGUUGACGCAGCGCAGAGUCAUCUCUGUGUACGAGGGGAGUGACGUUCAGCUCACCUGCAAUCUGAGAGCCAAUUACCUUCCAGCCAAUGACAUCACCUGGUUCAACAACCAGGGCAUGGAUGUCCGAGACACUUCGAAGUACAUGCUGCUGCAAACGUCUGCCUGGGCCAACCUGACUGUGAGAGAAACCGACGAGACGCAGGACAGCGGAGAGUACAGAUGCUCCACUUCAAACGCAGUGGGAGGCGCUGAGAUCAACGUCACUCUGGUGGUCAAAAAAUACCCCAUGCCACCCAAUGCAACCCUGAUCAGAGCGACGUACAACAGCCGACAGCGUAACGAGGUGGAGCUGGAGUGGCAGGUCGACGGUACGGAGGAGACUGGAGGAUGGACUGGUUUCCACCUGGAGCACCAGUGGGUGUCUGAGCGACCAAACAAGAGACGGAGCAGCAAUAUUUCACAGCUGCAGAUGGAGGAGAGGAUUGCCUCCCAAGACUGGUACCGUACCAUCAUCCAGGAUCCAGGCAGCAGGAGUCACACAGUUCGAGGACUGACUCCGACCGUUACCUACCAGUUCCGCAUAACACCCAUCAACCACCGCACCAUCGGACACCCGUCUGUAGCCAGGACUCCAGUGGAGCUGCGUGACAACAUGUACCCUGCUGUGGUUGGAGCAGCUGUUGGUGGGAUGCUCUUUGCAGCCAUUCCUACUGUGCUGCUGCUUGUGUUCAUCAUACGUAACCGGGAUAGCAAUCCUCGACUACAUGCAAUGCUUUUUGGCUCGCAGCACAGCCAAUCCAGAGAAAAUAUUAACUUCCCAGAGGAUGAGGUGGUUGCCGACUCAGAUGGUGGGCUAGAGAACCCUACUGGAUCAGGUACAACUUCAGCAGAACCAAAGGCAUCAUCUUCUCUGGCCGCAGGCAAGCAUCUCCCACUGCAGUAA